AUGGGGACACACCGGGGUCACACCGGGGACACACUGGGGACACAUGGGGACACACCGGGGUCACACAUGGGGACACACACCGGGGACACACCGGGGACACACCGGAGACACAUCGGGGUCACACCGGGGUCACACCGGGGACACACCGGGGACACACCGAGGAGACAUGGGGACACAUGGGGACACACCGGGGACACACCGGAGACACACCGGGGUCACACUGGGGUCACACCGGGAACACACACCGGGGACACACCGGGGACACACCGGGAACACCAUCUGAUCCCCUCUCCCUCCCCUGUGCAGGUGAAGGUGGAGGAGGAGGUGACGAGCUGUAACGUGAACACGGACCACAUCUUCUACACCGUGUACUCCACCUUCGGGGCCUUUUACAUCCCGACGCUGCUGCUCAUCGCGCUCUACGGGCGGAUCUACGUGGAAGCCAGGAAGCGAAUCCUCAAGCAGUCGAGCAACAACAAAAAGCCCGGAAAGAGACUCACGUCGGCUCACCUCAUCACCGACUCUCCUGGAUCCGUGGCCUCCAGCACGUCUCUAAACUACGGGACGAACGACGCGUCUUCCUGCGACACUUCUGUGAGUCAAGUGAAGGUCACGGUGUCCGACGCGCUGCUGGAGAAGAAGAGAAUCUCCGCCGCCCGAGAGAGGAAAGCCACCAAGACUUUGGGGAUCAUUCUGGGCGCGUACAUCGUGUGCUGGCUGCCGUUCUUCAUCUACACCCUGGUAGUUUCCGCCUGUGAUUCCUGUUUCCACCCGGGGCUUUUCGACAUCUUCACCUGGCUGGGAUACCUCAACUCUCUGAUCAACCCCAUCAUUUACACCAUGUCCAACGAGGACUUUAAACGCGCUUUCCACAAACUGAUCCGGUUCAGAUGCUGCCGGGCGUGAAACCAGCCAUCCUCUGUAUGCCCGAGGGAAUGCGCUGAGACAACUGAAAUGAGAUAAGAUAAUCCAAUGUGUGAAAUGUUUGCAGCAGCUUACAAAGACAAGGCAUUGGACGUAAGAGAAAUUAAAAGACUUGAAAUAAACAAUCCAAAAUGGAAACAUCUCAAAUGGAAAUUAAAAUAGCAUUAAAAAAGUAAUGUGGAAAUACAAACUUGGGAGUUUAAGUCCAAGAGAAGCUGAAAUGAAAUGUAUGAUGUCGACAAGUUGAAGUCAACGUUUCAGUUUUUUCAGUGGAACUGCGGUGCAUUCGUGGCGGCCAUCUUUGGAGGAAAGCUUCUAUAGCUACAGCAGAGAUCAAUAUGUAUCAGCGUUUCCCGGUUUCGCAUCCAAAAAUCAGAAAGUAUGCGUGGAAUAUAAAUACCGUUUUUGCUCGUGCACGGAUACACCUCAAAGGGGGUCAAAUGUCUAACAUCAGUGUCUAAUACACAUUAUCUAAAGAUUAUGUGUUGCUUUUGUAAUUGUGGGAAUAAUUAUAAUAUUAUAUUAAACUAAAUUGAUGGCACGUUCCUAUUCCUACACUCUGAGUACUUCUACUCUUACUCAAGAACAAGAUCUGAGUACUUCUA